UGGCGGCACCCAUUGAAUCGCACCGUCUUGCUUAUGUGGAACUAUAACUGCAACCCAGAAAAUUAUUGCGUCAAUUUUGAAGAGAUGCACAAAGUUGACUGCGAGUUCCACAAUUUUGAUGGCGGCGCAUUCAUGGUGUUACGGAUCUAUGUUGUUUUGACCUGCCGGCGUUUUCAAAUUUUCUGCAAAGCGUCUAGCUAGAGGAACUUCAUCUCCCGGCACAAUGGCAUCUGGCUCAGUUCUGCAGCCACGGUGGAAGCGGGUUUUGGGUUGGUCCGGUCCUGUCCCUCGGCCCCGACAUGGGCACCGUGCGGUUGCAAUCAAAGAAUUGAUGGUCGUUUUCGGGGGUGGCAAUGAAGGAAUUGUGGAUGAGUUGCACGUUUAUAACACAGCGACCAAUCAGUGGUUCAUUCCUGCUGUCCGUGGUGAUAUCCCGCCUGGCUGUGCUGCAUAUGGAUUUGUGUGUGAUGGCACCAGGCUGCUGGUGUUUGGAGGGAUGGUGGAGUAUGGCAAAUACAGCAACGAUCUGUAUGAACUGCAGGCCAGCCGCUGGGAGUGGAAGCGUCUGAAGGCCAAGUCUCCUAAGAACGGCCCCCCUCCAUGCCCCCGUCUGGGCCACAGCUUCUCCCUGGUAGGGAACAAAUGCUACCUGUUCGGAGGACUGGCUAACGACAGCGAGGACCCCAAGAACAACAUCCCCAGAUACCUGAAUGAUCUGUAUACGUUGGAGCUGCGUGCCGGCUCCAGUGUGGUGGGCUGGGACAUCCCCAUCACCUACGGGGUGUUGCCCCCGCCCAGAGAGAGCCACACUGCCGUAGUCUACACAGAGAAGUCCCGUCUAGUCAUCUAUGGAGGCAUGAGUGGUUGUCGUCUGGGGGAUCUGUGGAUCUUAGACAUAGACACCCUCACAUGGAAUAAGCCCUCUAUCAACGGAACAGCUCCUCUCCCUCGCAGUCUCCACUCUGCCACAACCAUCACCAACAAGAUGUACGUGUUCGGAGGCUGGGUUCCCCUGGUGAUGGAUGAUGUCAAAGUAGCAACACACGAGAAGGAGUGGAAGUGCACCAACACACUGGCCUGUCUCAACCUAGACUCGAUGGUGUGGGAGUCAGUUCUGCUGGACUCUCUAGAGGAUAAUAUCCCCAGGGCCCGGGCUGGACACUGCUCCGUAGCCAUCAACUCACGUCUCUACGUCUGGAGUGGACGGGACGGCUACCGCAAGGCCUGGAACAACCAGGUGUGCUGUAAGGACCUCUGGUACCUGGAGACAGAGAAGCCCCGCCCCCCGUCACGGGUGCAGCUGGUGAGAGCCAACACCAGUAGCCUGGAGGUGAGCUGGGGGGCGGUACCUACCGCAGACACCUACCUGUUGCAGCUGCAGAAGUACGAUAUCCCCCCCGCCUCGGCUGCCACUUCCCCCGGCGUUAGCCCCGCGACAUCACUGCCGGUCAAUUCUUCCCCCAAGAGCCCUGUCACCGCCUCGGCGGUGUCCGUCCAGGGCCACCCUCUCCAGGGCCUCACCCUGGUCCCCUCCAUGCCCGGGAGUCCAGUCCCUGCUCGCGGACCAGCUAUUCUGAAGGUGUCUGCUCCCCAUUCCACCACAGGCACCUCCAUCGUCACGGUGAGACAGGCCAACCAGGGCGGGAAAUCCCCUGUCAUGGUUACAUCACUUCCUGCUGGGGUCCGAAUGGUGGUGCCGGCCCAGGUCGCACAGGGAACCCCAAUGGGCAGCAGCCCUCAGAUGAGUGGCAUGGCUGCGCUGGCUGCUGCAGCUGCGGCCACCCAGAAGAUCCCGCCCUCCACGGCCACCAUGCAGCUUCCAGCUGGUGCCACCAUAGUCAAGACAGUGGCCAUGAGCCCUGGCGCACAGACUGUCAAAGUAGCUUCGCCUGUUAUGAUUAGUAACCCAGCAACCCGCAUGCUGAAGACUGCUGCGGCUCAGGUGGGCACGUCAGGUGUCGCCACACCCGGAACGCCCAAUCGGCCAAUCAUCACCGUGCACAAGUCUGGCACGGUGACGGUUGCCCAGCAACACCAGGUGGUUACCACGGUAGUGGGAGGAGUCACCAAGACCAUCACUCUGGUUAAGAGUCCCCUCACUCUGGGGGGAGGUGGCACGUUGCUGACUGCGGCCAACCAGGGCCAAAACAAAGUGAUGUCUGGCAAGGACGUGCAGCAUUGGCUGUCUAACCUGUCCAACCUGGGGAAGGUGAUGUCAGUAGUCCAGACCAAACCUGGUCAGACAGGAGCGAUGACGGGACAGACUGGCUCCAGCCUACAGCACAUCCUACAGACGAAGGGUCCUCUCCCGGCGGGUACUAUCCUGAAGCUGGUGACGUCAGCCGACGGUACGCCCACCACCAUCAUCACCACUUCCAAGGCCGGGGGCACCGUUGGGGGCAAGCCCACCAUCUUGUCCUACAGCAGCAUGCCCACCUCCACCUCAAAGCCGGGCACCCACAUUAUACCCAUCGGAAAAACGGGUUCUAGCCGGACGCCGCUCUGGUUUGGUGGAAAUUUCGCCGCCGUGUCGGCUCUCCACAGCCGACUGGCCGGUACUCGGCAGAGUUCCAUCCCCGAAGGGGUCUCCCCCUUCCCUGGAGAACGGAGCUGUUCUCGACCCAACCAACCAGCCAUGGAGGUAUGUCACUCGUCGAAGAAGGUGUCCUCUGGCAACGGGGGUCUCCAUGGAGAUGUUGAGCCCAGAACUGACACAGACCAGAAAUAG